AUGCCAAACUCUGACUCUUUAAAUACAGAAUUUUUGGAUUCGUUGAAUCCCGAUGACUAUAUAUUCGGUUUAAUCCACUUCCCUCCCGGUUUUGAUGUCAAGAAUCUCCUUACUGCUGAAACAGAAUCGAUGCUCCUGAAAUUCUUUAGAAAACUCAACAAGCAUCCCCUUACUCCUUUGCGUAAACGAUUUCCUACUUCUCCCUCCUCUCAUGCCUUGGAAUUGUGCUUCGAGGGCUCCUCGUCUCAUACACGUUUACCAUUCCUCGGUCGUUCCUCUGACGGCGGUUAUUGUUUGCGUCAGCUCGAUGUUCAGCGAUUGCAAAUCUGCCUUAGCGAUGACGUCUAUGGGCAAAUCAAGUACGUUUCUGAGGUACUCUCGUAG